UCCGCCGUUUUCGUUUCCACGUUGCGCCGUCGACCACCAUGACAACCUUCCUACACAUCGUUCGAUGGCUUUGGGUGUUGAUCAUGGUUUGCGUGCAUGUCGUGGAUGCCAAUAGCUUGAUUGUCAUCUCCCAGCCGACCACGAUUACCGCAGGCGAUGCAUUCAAUCCACCGCCUGUGGUUCAACUCAUCGACGACACGGGCCUUGUGUUGACAUCCAUCAACAUUGGCGCGGUUGCUGUGAGUAUCGGCACAAACCCAUCGAUAUUCGGACAGCUUUCUGGCAUCACAGGUCUCUCGUUUCCGAUCGUUGCAGGGGUUGCCAUCUGCACUGGGCUAUCAAUCAACCUCGUCGGCAGUGGGUACACGCUCCAGUUUGCGUCCUUGUUCCAUGGCCUUCAAACCGAGUCCUCGCCUUUUGACAUUCUACUGGGGCCUCCUUUCAAGCUGAGUAUGUACACGUACAUCGGGGUGGCGCAGGGCGGUACACCGUUCUUGCCGCAACCCAUCGUGUCCAUCGUGGACAAGGGCGGCAACAUUGUCGAUUCCGUGAGCCAAGGCACAGUGUCCGUGUCGAUUCUGUCCAACCCCGUGGGUGGCAUCUUGACGCCGUCGUCGUCGUACACGGUGUGGAUCUACCAAGGUCUGGGCAAGUUCUUCGACUUGAAAAUCGACAAGGCCGGGGGGCCGUACGUCCUUCGCUUCCUCGCCGACAGCGCAGUGGUCCUUCCAGGCGGCAACAAGUUUGAUACAUUUCCAUUUACAGUGUCCGUCGGCCCUGCGAAAACAAUGGUGAUCUCGGAGCAUCCAAUCGCAGCGUUUGGGGGCGAAGCCUUCACCGUCCAGCCCACCAUCACGCUGAUUGACGCUGGUCUGAACGUACUGGGCACGCAAACCAACAUGCAGGUGGUCGCGACGAUCUACUCAAACCCGUCCAAGGGAACGCUGCUUCCGGUCGUCGAGACCCGCUCCAACAUUAUCGACGGACUCGCAAGCUUUAAGAACUUGCGCAUCGACGCCGCGGGCAACAACUACGAGCUUCGAUUUGCCGUGAAAACCCCCGAUGCCCGGGGGAUUUACGUCGAAACGGGGCUGUUUGUCGUGGGGCCGUCGUUCAACGUGUACAUUGGCACGUUGUUUACCGUGGCGGUCGUGCGGCCUCCGCAGAGCGCGAUUGCCGAUGGACAACCGAUUUACAAGCAGCCGAUCUUGGAAUUGCGAGACCGCGGGGCCAAUGUAAUCGUGUCUGAAAACUUGGCGCUCGUGACCGUGUCCAUGGUGCCUAGUUUAGCCCUGUACAAUACUCUUAUUCUGUCCACGGCCAGCCCCGUGCCCGCAACUGUCGUCGACGUCACCCUCCUCCCGUCCACGUUUACAUCCCCGUUUGGCGCUGGAACGGACCUUGUGAUUAGCAUUUCGUUUUCGCAAGAAGUCAUUGCCACGGGCGACGUGCAGCUGCAGCUCAACAGCGGGGUGGGGGCCACAGGUCGAUGCACGACGUUGCUUACGUGGACGCGGUCGCUGUCGUUUACGUACGGCAUCACCCCUGGCCAUGCCGCCACCGCGCUCAAUUACGUCAACACGGUGGCGCUGGUGCUCGUCGCUGGCACGAUCAACGACCGCCUUGGCAACUCGGCGUCCAUCCUCUUGCCGGACCCCACCACGGGCGGGUUGCGACCGGUUGUGGCCGUGGAGACCACCGCGCCGUCCAUCGUGUCGGUCGGGUGUGGCGGCGCCACCGUCGCUGGAACGUUCGGCCCAGGGCAAGAUUUGGUGCUCGCCGUGUCGUUUUCGGCCCCGGUCUCAAUCUUGGGCAUCCCCCCAGCCGCCGUCCCCGUGCCCACGCUCACCCUCAACGUACUUGUCCCUCAAGUUGCCACGUACAUUUCCGGCAACGGAACCCAAGUGCUGCUAUUCCGGUAUUCGGUAGGUCUGAUGGAUACCUUGACCCCCUCGGCGCUGUUGGACGUCACCGCCAGCGUAAACAUGAAUGGAGCGAGCCUUCGCCGCGCCGGCACAACUCCAAAUCAAGCCGCGGAAUUCACCAUGCCUGUGAAUGCCCUCCAGAGACUGCCAUCGCAGUGUGCGAUUGCGAUUGACUCGACUGCGGUCACGGUGGACGCAGCGCUGGGCGUCAUGAGUCCCACAGCCCCAGGCGUGUACACUCCUGGUGAUGUGAUUACGAUAGUCGUGCCGUUCACCAAACCUGUGGUGGUGUCUGGCAUUCCAUUGCUCUUUCUGAGCACAGCCCAAAAUGCCAUUUACGCGGGCGGGAGCGGCACCACUCAGUUGACGUUUCGAUACACUGUCGCAGCGGGAGACAUCAGUUUGGAUUUGAACUACGCGUCGGACAAUGCACUUUUGCUCAAUGGCGGCUCCAUUCGACGAUACGUCACUGCCGGAAGCGCCAUCGCAGACGUAAACCCGUCGUUGGCGGCCGUGACUGCAGCCACGAAAUCGCUGGCCGACCAAAAUGCAAUCCAGAUUGACGGACGAACUCCGACCAUUCUAAAUGUCGCGCUCGCGGCACCAGCUACCAAGACUCGAGGGGACUCUGUCACAAUUAGCAUCACGUUUUCGUACGCAGUCGUGGUCGACGGCGGACCUCCUAGGUUGACCCUCAACACGAACCGGCGGGCGUUGUACACGAGUGGGAGCGGCACUGCGACGCUGCUGUUCACGUACCAGGUCUUGUUGGGAGACAGCACCCCGUCGUUGGCGUACAGUGCCGUGGCAGCGCUUGGACUGAAUGGAGGCACCAUUCGAAAGAAAUCAGCCACCCCAACGCUGGCCGCAGACUUGUCGCUGCCGUGGCCUCCGAAUCUUCUGAAUGGCCCCGUGGUUGUCGAUCCCAACAUUGCAUAUGUGACGACGGUCACAGGGUUUGUCUGUGAUUUGCCAGCUGCGGACUAUGGGCUCAACCAAGUGCUGCAGAUUUCCGUAACGUUUUCCGACAUUGUCCAAGUGAUUGGCAGUGUUCAGUUGGGUUUGCAAACCCAAGCGAUUCAGUACGCGUCCGGAUCAGGCACGUCGACGCUUGUGUUUCUGUACGUGGUUCGAGCCAACGAUAUUACACCGAGCUUGGACAUUGCGUCGACGGCGCCGUUUUCAUGCGCAGGAGCGACCACUUGUUCGAUUGUAAAUGCUAAUUUCGCGGCCGUAAACUUGGAUUGUACUGGCUUGACCUUGCAACCACCAGGGAUCUCCAUUAGCACGGACGCCCCCACCGUUGUGUCCAUAGCGGCCAUCACCACCGCGCCCACAAUCAACUCGAACAGCUUUGUGGUCGGAGAUAUCAUUGACAUUUUGAUGGUCGUGAGCAAAAAGGUGCACGUGGACCCGUCGCCCGACGUGUUUCCAGAUAAAGUGCCGCUCCUGGCCAUGUCCACGGGACGGACGGGCGCGGUCGCGCAUUUUAUUGGCUACGGAAUCGACCGCACGCAGCUGAUCUUUCGGUACAUCGUCCAAGUGGGCGACAUGACAUCCAACCUCAUGUACGUGGGUGUGAACUCGCUGUCGCUCAAUUUCAACCAAGCCACGAUCAAGCGCCUGACAACCAACCCGACCACCAACAUGAACCUGUUGCUGCCGACUCCCCAGGCACUGGGCGUCGCACUCAAGAUCGACACGUCGCGCACCCCGUUCGUGACGAAUGUGCUGGCUACGACGCCUGAUGGAACGUACUUUUGCGGCGACUUGAUUACAAUUCAAGUGUUUUACUCGGAACACGUCGUCGUGACUGGUCAACCCGUGCUCAAGCUGGACUUGGGGAAAAACGAUCGCAACGCCGACUUUGUGGGCGGCAGCGGCACGCCCGUGCUCACGUUUCAAUAUGCCGUGGGGCAGGACGACACGUCCCGCGAUUUGCGAUACAUUGACGUCAAGUCGCUGUUUGUGCCGAUCGGGGCAUCGAUACUCCACCGGGCGUCGAUUCCAACGGUGAAAGCCAACAACCGCCUGCCCUUCCCUGGAACCCAUGGGUCGUUGAGCGCCAACAACAACCUCGUCGUUCGAGGAACUUCGCCCUACAUCACAGAUAUUUCGUUUGUGACUGUGAAUGGCACGUACACCGUGAACAACGUGAUUCAAGUCGCAGUCACAUUCACCACAACAGUGACGGUCACGGGUGUGCCGUAUCUCGAGCUCCGGACCGGCGUGGUGCUGCGCCGAGCGGUGUAUUUGCCCGCGGGACCCAACACCAAAUUGGUGUUCCAGUACAGAGUGGAGACGGGGGAUGUCUCGUCCAAGCUGGACUACUCGAGCACGUCGGCGCUGACGUUGAACGGUGGCGCCAUCAUGACGACCCCCACGCUGGCAGGCCGAUCGCCCGUGCAACCGGCAAACCCGCAACUGAAUCCCCCCGGCGGGGCGUUGUCGGGGGUGCGCAUCAUCCAAGCGUCGCUCGGUCGCGUGUCGUACAUUGACUUGGGCAUUGACACGAUGGGGCUAAAGUACGUGAUUUACUUCAGCACCCCCCCGGACAUUGUGGCCAGCGUCAUGUUUGACGUGACUUACUCUGCCGUGUGGGAAGUGCGAAAUUCGCCCAUCAACGUCCACAAUCGGGGGGACAAGACCGGGUGGAGCGUCGACGUGAACGGCGCCGUGGCGAUCGUGGGGUCGGCAGGCGCCAUGGCCAAGCAGUACAACAUCCAGGAAAUUACAGCGUGGGGGAGUGCCACGUCAUAUGUCGACGAAGUGCAGUACGUCCAGACAACGUGUGUCCAUCGAGAUGCCAUACAGGUUCUGGUGAGCAGCGUCGCGCCCGGGGAAACCGUAGGCGGGUACUUUUCGCUCAUGUAUGGCGCAGUAGGGCCGACGCGGCGGUUGGCGGCAGACUUCGAUGCUGUGCAGCUGGAAGUCGCGUUGCAGGUGGAUUUCGGGCUCCCGGAUUCGGGCGUCGAGGUAUCGCGGGAGCAAAACACGUAUUGCGGCUGCACGAACGCGUACCAGUGGACGAUCACGUUCCACACUCAAGGGGAUGUGCCGACGCUUGUUGCCAGGAACUACUUGACGGGCAACGGCGCGACCAUCGGAGAUGGCAAAGGCGGGGCGUCGGCCAUGGUGAUCACGCGGCCCCCCGUGGUGUCGGGGCAGUUUGCACUUCGAUAUGGCACCAUCACAACGCAAAACAUGCCGUCCAACGUGGAUGCGGCGACGAUGGCCGCGCGGCUCGCAUUGGAUUUGAGUUUGCCCAUUCGGAGCGUGGCGCGGUCGGAACCGACGAUUCAAAACGGGUACACGUGGAGCAUCACGUUUUCGUCGUCGAGUACGCUGUUCAACAUCAACGAGCUGCAGCCGGCGCCAGUGUUUCUCACGGGCAACCAAGUGCUGCUGACUGUCACGACUGUCCGCGAAGGUCAAGCGCCAUUGUACGGCAACUUUCGGUUGGGGCUAGGGAACGAAGCGACUGUCGACAUCCCCGUGACCGCGCCCGACACAACUAUGAAAGCCGCGUUGGAGUCCCUCAGCCAAAUCAAAACGGUCCAUGUGGCAAGGUCACCCCAGAAUCCGUUCGGAGGGUACACGUGGACGGUGACGUUUAUCGAGAUCAACACGCUGACGAUCUAUGGCUUGGUACUGAGCAAUCUGGGCACGUUGCCGCCGUUGACGCCGAUCACGCUGGUCCACAAUGUUCCGAUUCUGCUCGGAAGCGACGCCGCCAUCCUCGUCGAUUACGCCGGUGUCAAUCCGUCGCUGUAUUCGAGCGCUGUCCAAGGGAACGCCCCAGGAGAAAGCGCCGGGUCAGCUACAGUGUUUGUCCCGUACAACAAACAGUGGGUGCAGUCUGCGUUGCUUGUGGGGUCCGACACUCAUGUGGGCGAUCAAUUUGGGGCCAGCGUGGCCUUGUCACUAACAGGCGCACAAGCUGUGGUCGGCGCGCCGUAUGCUGUAUAUAAAGGAGCCAUGGAGCAGCAAGCCUUGUCCUGUAUCGCAGAUGGAGGAACGUUCACGUUGGCGUUUUUGGGGCUAGUGUCGGCGCCCAUCGCAUUCAACGCUCCGCCUGCGGCUCUUCAAGCCACGAUCGCAUCCUUGCUCAAAGUGCAGGCGCAGUUUAUCCAGGUAGCGCCGUAUGCGACUUUGUGUACGGGAGCCGUCAUUGUGAUCACGUUGGCCACGCCCGAUUUAAGCGAUCCCACCGGCAACAUUCCCGAAUUGGUUGCAGACGCGUCCUUGCUAACCAAUGGAGGGGCGACAAGCGGCACCGUGGCGAUCCAAUCUGUCGUCCAAGGGUCCCUUCGAGAAGACGGACCCAAAGCCAAAGGCACUCCAUGCGGCGGCGCGUACUUUUUCUCGUCGCCGUCCGCCGGGGUGUGGACGCAGGUUGUGAAGGUGACCCCCACCCAAGGCUCUGAGACGCUUUCGAGUGAGUUCGGCGCUAGUGUGUCGCUCGAAGGCAACUUUGCCGCUGUGGGGGCUCCCGGUGCCGGCUACGCCAAGGGCGAAGUGUACGUGUACCAGUUCAACGGCGUCACAUGGUCCUUGUACCAGAAGCUGACCGUGUCGCCGUACGUAUCUGUCCAAGGCGACCGGUUUGGAGAUGCCGUGAAAGUGUCGGACACGACGAUCGUUGUCGGGGCCCCGGGGUACGCAGGGACCGUCGGUGCCGUGUUUGUGUUUCAGCUCGUGAACGGAGUGUUUGUGAAUCGCCAGCAACUUCAGCCUGGUGAUUUGGCGAUUGGCGACUACUUUGGCAGUGCCGUGGCCGUGGACAUGCAGACAUCUACGAUUGCCGUGAGUUCCAAGUGGCACAACCGACGCGGCGCCGUGUACGUGUAUUACUCGCCCGACUUGUUCUUUUCGCUGCAGCAAAUCGUCCAAGGCUCCGACUUGCGCCAACACGACGGGUUUGGCCAAAGCGUGGCGAUUGUGAAGAACGUGCUUGUGGUUGGGGCCAACGAGCGCUUCAACUCGAAUCGCGACUUGACCAUUCGCAAAGCCAUUCAAACGAUUACGACGUCGGCCUCGUCGUCCUUGGGAAACACGUUUCGUGUGGGGUUUCGUAUGGUGACGGAUGGAGUUGAAGUCGAUUACGUUUAUUCCAAGCCGAUUCCGUUUGACGCCACCGCCACGACCGUCCAGCAGCGGUUGCAAUCAGAUUUAAACACUGGCGCGGUGGUUGUCACGCGGUUGGGUCCGGAUGUAAACCAGGGGUAUUCGUGGUCGGUCACGUUUUCAGGGUCGACAUCCGACGUGCCAAAGUUUCGCGUCGAUGGGUCUGAUCUCACGGGAUCGAAUGCCAAAAUCACAUGCACGUUGGACGUACCCGUUCCCCCCGUCGUUCGAAGCAACGUGUACGUGUUUCUUCGCACUGGCACGUCGUGGCAAGAGCAAGCCACGAUGCGACCCACCAACAAGCAGUACUACAGUAUGUUUGGCAACGCCGUGUCGCUCAGUCGCAACGGAUACCAUGCGAUUGUGGGUGCGUACAACGCCGACACACUCUUCAGCGCGAUCAACAGCGGCGCCGCGUACUUGUUCGACAUGGGGUUUCUGGAUUUCCGCUUUUCAAGCCCGACGUACUCCGUGUUGGAGGGCGCGUCCGUGGCGAUCCCCGUCCAGCGCUGCGGGGCAUUUGGAACGUCGUGCAUCAUGAAAACAACGACCACGCUCGAGUUUGUCGACUUUGACACGGGCGAUGCGAUCACCGACAUGGCCGGUCAGAACCGCGUGCCGGCUUUGGAACUCAAGUACAUUGGACCGUACCAGCAACUGUGCAUUUUGGACGUGACAGCCGACACACCUGGCGCGCAAUACUAUCCGAAUGUGAUGGGGCCAGAACCGUACCCGUUGGUCCCCAAGGGGCGGUUCCUCAUGCCGUCCAUGAUCGGGACGGCCCACAGUCGCGCGCAGUCGUACGGAAGCACGACCUACCGAUCGGUGUGGGUGGACGCGCAAUUCGACUACCUCGGGGUGUCCGACUACACACCUAGUGAUGGUGAGUUGUCGUUUCCACCGCAGACGAUAUCGUCCACGUUUGUCGUGAGCACCACGGACGACAGUGUGUACGAAUACCCAGAUGAAACGAUCAAUAUUCGCCUCAGUGUGCCCGGUAUGUGGCCGACAUUUCCGAGCCAAUUGUGGUCCAAAAUCACGAUCCUCGACAACGGCGACGGCGGCAUGGGCACCGCGUCGUACUCGGCCCGACUCACGGGGGACGUCACACCCGGAAGUCGCAUGGGGGAGUCGGUUGCGUUCUUCGACGGCGUCAACUUGGCGGCCGUGGGGGCCCCCUUGGCCACCGUCGGGGGCGUGGAGUGCGGGGUCGUGUUCGUGUACAAUUCUCGGUCCGGGGUGUGGACGCUAGAAGCCAAGAUCAUCCCCGAGCCAUGCACUCCAGGACGCCGGUUUGGGACGUCCGUGGCCAUCGAUGGAUCGUACGGAACCCUUCGGCUCGUGGUCGGAUCGCCCGGUCCCCCGACGCCGUCCGCGGUCGUGUAUCGGCGCAGUAGUGCGUUGCGAGUGUGGUCCGUUGAAGUCACCUUCUCCGAGCCGCAAGCGAUUUCCAUCACCGACAAUUACGCUGGACGAGGCGCCGUGUCCAUCCACGGCAGUGUGAUCGUCGUGGGGGCAUCCGGGCUCGAAGUCGCGUUUGUGUAUACGUAUACAACGGCGGCGGGGUGGCUGCCAAGCGUGCAACUCCGAGCCAACGAUUACGUCGUCGACCAAGUGAAUCUGCUGUCGCUGACCCACGUGUUCCAGUUCGGCGCGUCGGUGGCCAUCAAUCGACGGGCCAUUGUGGUCGGCGCGCCCAAAGCCAACUACGGCCCUCAACGCGUGCUAGACGUGGAUUUCUGGAGCAUGGGCGCGGCUUACAUGUAUUACUUGCCGGCGCAAGUCCAAGUGGUCACGCUGGUGGGUGAUUCGUUGUUGACGAGUGGCGAAUUCACACUUUCGAACGGCGUCACGACAACAAACCCGUUGAGCUAUCAAAUCACAGCCACGGAGAUGGUGGCGGUGCUCAAGGCGCUGGUUUCAGAUAUCGAAGUGUCUCGAACGGGGGAUAUCGUCACGGGGUUUGCGUGGAGCAUCACGUUCAUUUCCGAAGUGACCAACCAACCGCUCCUUGUACCUGCGUGGCGAGGCAAUGGAUGUUCCAUCUGCAUCGCGUUCAGCAGCGGGUAUGCGGCCAACCCGACGGGGCAAGUCGCCGUCGUCGAGGCCUCACGGUUGGGCACGUGGACCUUUCACACGCAAUUGACGGCGUCGGAUGCGAAUCAUGCCGAUCGGUUUGGCCAUAGCGUCGCGUUGGAUGGCAACGUCGUGAUUGUAGGCGCGUACACGUCGUCGGCGCUGACAACCACCACGUGGAACUUUGAAACGGGCGACUUGACGGGGUGGAUAAAAACGGGCACGGCGUUCGACACCCAGCCCACGUUUGGAGACAACGUCAUGGCUCGCGGCGACGUGUACAAAAGCUACGAAACGUCCAAGGGGACGAUCCAGCACGAAGGGCGAUACUGGAUCGGGACAUUUGAAAGCCGACCGGGGGCGGGAAGUGCGCAGCGCGUGUCGCCGUUCACGUGUUCGUUUGCCAACGACGAUUGCAAGACUGCGAUGUACAAAGAGCCGGGAAGCUCCGUCGCCGGCACGACGCAGGGCGACCACCCACAGGGCACGCUGUCGUCCCAAGUGUUUACGAUCGGGGGCAGCCGGAUUCGGUUCCGACUGGGCGGCGGCUGCAACCCCGCGACUAUCUACGUCGAAUUGCUCGUGGAUGGGCUGUCGGUUCGACGGGAAACGGGAAAAUGCGACGAAAGAAUGCGCGUCGUGGCGUGGAACGUAACCAUGUACAAGGGCAAAAGCGCGAUCGUGCGCAUUGUGGAUGCGUCCAGCACAGACUUGUGGGGCCAUAUCAACGUGGACGACUUUCAAUUUGAUUGGAGUGUCGAGCAAGCGUCGACGGGUACCGCCGGGGUCGCGUAUGUGUUCCAACGCCAAGCCACGUUGACGUCGUUUACUCCAUGUAAUGGGUUGCCAAAGCUCCAGUGUUUCUGGGUCAUGCAAUCGCGGCUCGUGGCCAGCGACAAGCGACCGCAGGACCAGUUUGGGUUUUCCGUCGCUGUCGACGACUCGGUGGGGACGGCCGUGAUCGGGGCGUACCACCAGCCGGGCGUGGACCUCAACAACUCGAUCGUCCUCGCGGAAAACACGGGCUCUGUGUACUUGUUUUCACGCAUCGAUGCUGUAAAGGACGGCGCGGGCAACGUCUUGUCGCCGCCCAAGUGGUUGGGGAAAGAAACGGCCAAGUUUCAAUCGAGCGACAAGACGCCCGCAGCGCAAUGGGGGUACGCCGUCGCGCUCAACGGCGCGCGGCUCGCCGUGGGCAGUCCGGGGGUGGGCGGCGGCGCUGGCUGCGGCUACGUGUUUGACACGCGGUUCCUUCAGAUUUCAUUUGCAGUUCCAGAAGUCGGCGUCCUGGAAAACGUGGCGAGCGGCCAAGUGAUUGUCGUCGUGAUUCGAUCGGGGGACUUGAGCGCGCCGCUCACGAUUGGGUACGCCACGAGCGAUCGCAGUGCGGUGGGCAUCGACAGCGACUGGUACACGGCGUGCUUGGGCAUGAUGAUCCAGAAUCGAGUCCGGUGCGGCGAUUACGUGCAGACCCGUGGGGAACUCACGUUCAACGUGGGCGAGUCCAACAAGGUGAUUGCCGUCUCGAUCGUGGACGAUUGGUGCUACGAACAGUACCCCAAGUACAUUGCCCUGCGCUUGAAUGUCCUUGGGGGCGAUGUUCUCUUGGGAGAGCAGUUCGCGAUGGUCAUUCGAAUCGACGACGACGACUUUGGACGGGACACAUGUUAACAACGUUAGUUUAGACGUCUGGGAUUUGGGUCGGUUGUCGCGCGAGGAAAUAGCUCAACGUGGCCGACGCUUUUUGAAUCGACUACGAGAAGGUCGUGACGACGGGUAGUCGUUGUUGCGGACAUCAAUCAUAGUGGGGUAUACCGCUUUAAGAAUGCGAGAUUGUUUUUGGCGCAACUGUUCGUCGUUGACGCACUUACUCUGUAUCGCUUCAACUUCCUACACCUUAACAUGAGAAAAAUCCAC